CUGGGAGGUGCGCGCUGGGUGACAUCAGCUGGCGAGGCGCCCGGGCAGCGCGGCGCAGGCAGGGAGCAGGCAGGCGGCCGCGGGCGCGCGCCUGGAGCGGGGCGUUUGGCAAGGUGGGAGCUGGUCUGCUUGGCAGGACCUCCCCAUCUGGGAUCCAUCUGUGUUUCCCUGGAACCGGACAGGCGGCUCCAGGCGGUGAGAAAUCGCAGAUGUGAGGGACCUGACACAUGUCCAGCUAAUGAAAGGAGAAGGAAGGCUGGGCUCAGCCUGCGCUCCGAGAUUAAGAGCGGCGGAGGAAGAGCCCUUUUAUUUAUACUGCGAAGAAACUAGGUGUAUGCGACAGCAGCUGGAUCGCGCUAACCUUGCCGCUUAGGUUGCUGGUGAGAAGAGGGUGCCAGUGAUGCCCGGAUCGCCUGUGGAAGUGAAGAUUCAGUCCAGAUCCUCUCCUCCCAACAUGCCGCCGCUGCCCCCCGUCAACCCCGGCGGCCCCCGGCCCGUGUCCUUCACCCCAGCCGCACUGCCCAACGGGAUAAACCAUUCCCCCCCGACGCUCAACGGGGCUCCGUCGCCACCCCAGCGGUUUAGCAACGGCCCUGCCUCCUCCUCCUCCUCCUCCCUGACCAACCAGCAGCUCCCAGCCACGUGCGGCGCCCGGCAGCUCAGCAAGCUGAAGCGCUUCCUCACCACCCUCCAGCAGUUUGGCAAUGACAUUUCUCCAGAGAUCGGGGAGAAGGUCCGGACCCUCGUCCUGGCCUUAGUGAACUCAACGGUGACAAUUGAGGAAUUUCACUGCAAGCUGCAAGAGGCGACGAACUUCCCCCUAAGGCCGUUUGUGAUCCCCUUCCUGAAGGCCAACCUCCCUCUGCUCCAGCGCGAGCUGCUGCACUGCGCCCGGGCUGCCAAGCAGACGCCGUCCCAGUACCUGGCGCAGCACGAGCACAUCCUGCUGAACACCACCACCGCCUCCCCAGCCGACUCCUCCGAGCUGCUGAUCGAGGUGAACGGCAACGGGAAGAGGCACAGCCCGGACAGAAGAGAAGACAACAGCUUCGAGAGAGAGACGCUGCCGACGGAGCCUCCGGCCAAGCGGGUGUGCACCAUCAGCCCCGCGCCGCGGCACAGCCCGGCCCUCAGCAUCCCCCUGAUGAACCCCGGCGGGCAGUUCCACCCCACCCCGCCGCCCCUCCAGCACUACACCUUGGAAGACAUCGCCACCUCCCAUCUGUACAGAGACCCCAGCAAGAUGUUGGAGCACAGGGAGAUUCGGGACAGGCACAGCAGCCUCGGUCUGAAUGGAGGGUACCAGGACGAGCUGGUGGACCACCGCUUAACAGAGAGAGAGUGGGCUGAUGAGUGGAAGCAUCUGGAUCAUGCGCUGAACUGCAUCAUGGAGAUGGUGGAGAAGACGAGGCGCUCCAUGGCCGUGCUGCGGCGCUGCCAGGAGGCGGACCGGGAGGAGCUCAACUACUGGAAGAGGCGCUGCAGCGAGACGGCCGAGACGCGCAAGGCGGGCGGCGAGCUCGUCUCGAGGCAGCACAGCCCCAGCAGCUCCGACUCCAUCGGCAGCGAUUCGUUGCGGGAGUUCAGCAGCAGGUCGGGAACGGGCUACGUCACUGAAGAGAUAUGGAAAAAAGCUGAAGAAGCCGUGAACGAGGUGAAGCGCCAGGCCAUGUCGGAGGUGCAGAAGGCCGUGGCCGAGGCCGAGCAGAAGGCGUUUGAGAUGAUCGCCUCCGAGAGGGCUCGCAUGGAGCAGACCAUUGCGGACGCCAAGCGCCAGGCGACUGAGGACGCUUUCCUUGUGAUCAACGAGCAGGAGGAGUCUACAGAGAGUUGUUGGAACUGCGGCCGCAAGGCCAGCGAGACAUGCAGUGGCUGCAACAUCGCCCGGUACUGCGGCUCCUUCUGCCAGCACAAGGACUGGGAGAGGCACCACCGGAUCUGCGGCCAAAGCCUGCACAGCCAGAGCAAGCCGCUGGCUCUGCCCGCGGGGCGCUCCGCAGCCGCCAAGGCCAUCGACGGCGUGGCCAGCCCGGCCCUCGAGAAGACUUCGGCAGCCACGUCUCGAUCCUCCACUCCUGCAUCUGUGACAGCAAUAGAAACGAACGGACUCUAAAAGGGAAGUUUUGGUUCUGUCCAUGUGAUUAGUUUUCCCGAGUUAUUUUUUUUUUACUUUGGAAAA